UGAAAGUCUCGCCCCUCCUGCGAACAUCAUUGUAGAAUACUUCAAAAUAUUGACUCCCUGGUUAUGCGGCCUCGACUACCAGCCCAAAGUAAUAGAUUCGUUCUCUCAACCCCAUCCAUACCCGAAAAUGACAACAACGAGGAUCUUGAACAUGAAGGGUACAGACUGACAUUUGUCGAGAGCCAGCAAAAUGUUUGGUGGUUACAGGGGAAGAAAGCGGCCAAACACCGCCAUGCGAUCUUUACUGAUGCCGAACGGCAGUCUAUGAGCAAUGAAGUCAUUAACUCCGUGCCAUAUCGUGAUCCCACGCAAGCGUUACUGGACUUGGAACGAUUCGAGUCAACCUUGAACGCUACCACGCCUUUCUCUCUGUUCCGUGGACCGUUCGGUGUGUCAAAACUAUCCCAAGCGCCCGAGCCAGAGGUCCCAAAUCAUGAAUUUGAUGUGGAGUCAUUGUCGUGCGAAGAAUGGUUGACGGGACUAGAUGACUUGAUACGACGGGAAGAUAAAGAGAUCGGCCACAUAUCAAGCCUCUUUGACGGGCCCAGUGACCAAGAAAAUGAUGGGGUAGAAUUAUGGGAUCCAAGUCCGGACUUCACCAACAGCGUUCUACAUACACCGGACCCUGGGUUAUCGCCCAAUUUUUUCAGUAACAAUACUGAAGCUUGGAAUUUCCUGUCUCACUACAAAGACAGAAUCAUCCCACUGAUCUCACCCUUCGGCCACGGCCAGAAUGCACCGUGGCUAAAUCUUGUGAUGCCAUGUGCCGUGAGCACACUUGGAGAUGUCACAAUGAAUGGAGCUACUACUCAUGCGCGAUUGACCUUAUUGAAUGCUGUAUUAAGUACCAGUGCCUUUCAUCUUGGGAAUCACUCUGCCUGGUGCAUUGAGUACUGGGUAUCCAUCGGCAAUACUUAUUUAAAGCGAGCACAGGGCCACUUCCUGCGGUGCAUUGAAGAGGCCUAUACUUUGCCAACGAAGAGGAGCAAGUACAAAGAGAUACUCAUGGCCAUUUUGAGUCUCUCAACCGCUUAUAUGAUUAAAGGAGAUUCUGAGAAACGCCUAUUCUGCCUAAUCCAAGCCGAGAAAUUCAUCUGCAUCAACGGCUUCAAAGAAUCCACUGUCUCACCGAAGCGGAGAGCCUUGCACCACUGCUACGCCUAUAUGAGAAUCAUGGCCGAAACCACGAGCAUCGCUGACGAUCUAAGUGACAACCUUGGAAGAACCAGCAUCUCGGAUGAAGAUCCAGCCUACACUGAUUUUCGAAAAUGUCCCAACAUCGCAUUCUCCGGAAACAUAAUGGAGACUGAAAAAGACCCUCGAGUGGCUCAGCGAGAUCUUCACCUAGCGAUUCCAGGUCGAUGGAGCUUGACGUUGUUUCCGAAAAUGUACGGGGUCGCUGAGAGCUUCCUCAUGCUGAUGUCGCAGGUGAUUCGUCUUGCUAAUGAGCGGGAUCGAUCAAUCGAGAAUGGGGAUGAAGGGAUGCUCAAUCUAAAAGAUUUUUGGGUCCGUGCGAAGACACUCGAACGAGGGAUCCAGCAUCUUCUAGAAUCUUGCACUUCGACGCAUUUGUCGGCGCACGAUAAUGAGGGUCCAUCGCAGGCGGGAGACGGAAGGGCACUGGCGAUGUAUACUGCUCUUAGGAUCUUCUUUUACCGUCGAAUCUAUGACCUUGAUGCUGCAUUGCUACAGCAGGAGGUAGAUAGUGUGCGGGACUCCCUGGUGCGCGUUCGACAAGAUGAGGCUGGGUAUAGCGAGGGCAACACGGCCACUCUCAUAUGGCCUGCCUUUAUCGCUGCUUGCGAGGCAGUUAGCCUGGAAUCACAGCAUUUCUUCUGGUCUUGGUUUGAUAGUUGUUUGACUACCACAGGACUUGUCAAUGCGUCUCUUGCAAAGCAGAUUUUCGAGACGAUAUGGACAAAGAGACGUGAAACUGGCCAAUACGAAAAGAGGUGUAAUUGGCCAGAUGUUUUAAGAGCGCAGAGGAUCAGAUUAAUGUUCACGUAGCCCGUGAGAUAACUGGUGUUUUUCCCGUACAUUCAUGAUUUCAGUUCACCAUCUCUACUUUAACGAUUCUGUGUCCUUC